AGAGCCCAGCCCAGCCCAGUCUCCGGGGAUGUAGCUGGUGGGACAGUCAGCAGAGGGCUGGGCCCUGUGCCUGGGCACUGUGGCCUGGAAGCUGAGCAGGACCUGAGGAGAAGACCUGAGGGACAAGGCCCCUAAGCCGGCCACCACAUCCAGUCUCUGGGUGCAAGGGAGGUGAGGAGCCUGCAUGGGCCUCAGCUUCCUAGACCCACUGGAUCCUUCUUGUUCUCUGAUCAAGGGAAAGACAAACGGCCUGGAUGGACCACAACUUUGCUCCUGCUCCUCCAGAGAUGCAGUCACACGGAGCUCCAGGCCCGAGAACCUCUUUCUCCCGUAGCCAUGUGCUAGGGCGCCCUACCCGCCCCUCAAGACUCCCUGGAGGGGGAUCCCCGCUCACCCCUGUCCUCAGGAAGACCAUCCAUCUGGACACCUUCCCCCAAAGCCAUAUUCCACACACCUCCAGCCGGCUGGGCCUUGGAGCCAGGACCCAGAGUGUGCCCCCACAGGAGAUGGUCAUUGCUCUGGGGGCUUCCUCGAGUCCCCUGCCCACCAGCAGCCUUGUACCCAGGAAGCUCAGCUCCAUUUCCUUGACGCUCCGUCAGAACAGCCAGGCACGGUCCCUGGAUCACCCACUUUCUCACUGGGAAGGGUCGCCUACCCCGGGAAGGAAGGCUGCUCCCCAUGAAGGAGGUAGGCUGUCCUUGCCAGGCUCACCACCUGUGACCCUAGUGCCAGGGGGCAGGGUCCACUCUGAGGGCCCAGAGAACCCAGGUCUGACCAAAUCCAGCAGGAUACCUGCCGCGGAGAAGCCCCUGGUGAGUUCCUACCUGGCUUUACCUUUCCAAGCCCGGUUAGCCCAGAGCACACCAGUCCUGGCAGAGCCAGGCUCAGUGGGCCAGGGGCACCUUGCCUCAGCGACUGCCCACACGCCUACCAGAGCUUCUCCAGGAAAAGGCAAGCCCCGGGCCAGGGGUAUCCCCAGACCCCGGGGGCGUCUCCAAAGGGCCACUGAAGCUGUGAAUUUGACUGCUGUGGACACAAGGACAGACGCAGCCAGACAUUUAGCCACAGUGGCCACCAACAGACCUAGCUUGGCUAUCAGUUUAGCGACACCAAACACAUCCAGACUGGACACAGGCACAGAGUUCCCUGCUCUGGAUAUCAAGCUGGGCACAGCCAGUGACUUGUCUUCGGGAGGGAUAGUCAAGUCGGGCAAAGCCAUGAACUUGGCUACAGCAGGCACAAUCAAGCCAGGCACAGCCAUGAAUCUGACUACAGUACAGACAACCAAGCCAGGCAUGGUCAUGGAUUUGAUAGCCUCAGACCCAGACAAGCUGGACAAAGCCAUGGCUACAAGAAGCACAGCCAAGCCAGGUAUGACCACAGAGGGCACAGCCAUGGAUUCGGCAACAUCAGACCCACUCAAGCUGGACACAAUCACAGAGACAGUGGGCACCACUAGGUUGGAAACAGCCAUGGCUUUGGCCAGAGCAAACAGAACCAAGCUGGGCUUGGCUAUGAAUUAUCUUGCUUUGGACACAAGCAGGAAGGGCACAGCUGUGGGUUUGGUUGUGCCAGUAACCCCAGACCCAGCCACUGGGAAGAACACACUGGGCAGUGUUAAUAACCUGACCAUAUCAGAUGUUCCUACACGUCUGGUGAUGCCAAGCAGAUGCACAGUCCCAGCCCUGGACCACACUAAUGCUUCCAUGGAUGGAGCCACAGAGCCUGCCACACUGGACCUGGCCACAGAAUCCAAAGGGCUCCCAGAGACCAGGACGGACACAGCCAUGUCAGAGCUGGUGCCUGAACCCAGGCCUAAGCCAGCGGUGCCUAUGAAGCCCGUGAGCAUCAACUCCAACCUGCUGGGCUACAUCGGCAUCGACACCAUCAUCGAGCAGAUGCGGAAGAAGACCAUGAAGACUGGGUUCGACUUCAACAUCAUGGUUGUUGGCCAGAGUGGACUGGGCAAAUCAACAUUGGUCAACACGCUCUUCAAAUCCCAAGUGAGCCGCAAGGCCUCCAGCUGGAACCGGGAGGAGAAGAUCCCCAAGACGGUGGAGAUCAAAGCUAUUGGGCAUGUGAUAGAGGAAGGUGGUGUCAAAAUGAAGCUGACUGUCAUCGAUACCCCGGGCUUUGGAGACCAAAUCAACAAUGAAAACUGCUGGGAGCCCAUUGAGAAGUACAUCAAUGAGCAGUACGAGAAGUUCCUGAAGGAGGAGGUGAAUAUCGCCAGGAAGAAACGCAUCCCUGACACUCGUGUCCACUGCUGCCUUUACUUCAUCUCCCCCACAGGACACUCCUUGCGACCUCUGGAUCUUGAGUUCAUGAAACACCUCAGCAAGGUCGUGAACAUUAUCCCUGUCAUCGCUAAGGCUGACACCAUGACCCUGGAGGAGAAGUCUGAAUUCAAGCAAAGGGUUCGCAAGGAGCUUGAAGUAAACGGCAUUGAAUUCUACCCACAGAAGGAAUUUGAUGAGGAUUUGGAGGAUAAGACGGAGAAUGACAAAAUCAGGCAGGAGAGCAUGCCGUUUGCUGUGGUGGGAAGUGACAAGGAGUACCAAGUGAAUGGCAAGAGGGUCCUUGGCCGAAAAACUCCAUGGGGGAUCAUCGAAGUGGAAAACCUCAACCACUGUGAGUUUGCCCUGCUUCGAGACUUUGUCAUCAGGACCCACCUCCAGGACCUCAAGGAAGUGACACACAACAUCCACUAUGAGACUUACAGGGCCAAGCGGCUCAAUGACAAUGGAGGCCUCCCUCCGGGAGAAGGCCUCCUGGGCACUGUCCUUCCACCUGUGCCAGCCACCCCCUGCCCCACUGCUGAAUGAAGGCCAUUUCAAGCGCUGCUUCUCCCUCCAUUCCUCUCAGCUGUUAUUGCUGCAGGGCCAAGCCCUUUUUAGUGCUGUGCUUGUCCAGCUCACCACCACAGUCCUUCUCAGCCCUCAGUAGGUGGGAGAGCCAGCUGCCUCUAGGACAGUUGCUUCUUCCACUUAUCCAAACCACUCCUCUCCUCCCAGUGGAGUGGGGUUCUGCCAGCACUGCCCUACGCCAUUGUCUGUGUCAGCCGGUCCCAGACCAUCUGCAGGGCAAAAGAACUCAUCAAGAGCUCUUUCUGCCCUUGCAGGCCCACUCCAGCUACUUGUAACCAUCUCCAAGGGCAAUGGCAUUGCUCCCUACUCAUUCAUCUGCAUGAGCUACUCUUGGCUUCCUUAAAGGGUCAAGAAAGCAAUUUUUCUGCUUGCCAGAUUCAUUGAGAUGAGCUGUGUGAGCCCCAAUGUGGGACGAGGGUGUCUCCUUCAUUGCUUAAAAGAAUUCAUGAGGGUGGGUCACUAUAGAUGUUGGGGAGCAAGGACUAGGAUCACUUUUUUAAAAAUCACCACUUGUGGCUGGCCCAGAGUACAGUUGUGCAUCCUCCCCACCUCAACGUAGCCACUGAGAAAGAGUGGUUUUCCUAAGAAGACAUUGCUGGAGUUGACUUUCUUAUGCCCAAACAAAAACCAAACACACACACAAACCCCUAGAAACCCACAAUAUGUACACUCUAAGGAAAAACUAGCACCCUUCUGUCCAUUCAGCAAUAAGAGGGAUCUCUUCCCACCUACCCUACCUACUCCUACCCCCACCCCCUUCCCCAUUAAUGUGAGUAAUGAAUUAGCCUGGCCACAGGUGGUCACUAUAGGCUAAUGGAAAAUACCCAAGGGAGGGCAAAGCCCCCCAUCAGAUGCAUGAAUGUUUGCGAAUGUCGACUGCCACUGCCCCACACACUGUGUCUUUAUAGAAGUCCCCUUUGCCCACCCCCUCCCUGUCUCCACCUGGACACAACUUGCUCAAAGGCUGGUGACUUGUGGGCCAUUCAACUACAACCAAGUCCUGAUGAGCAAGAGGCCCACGCCUAGGGGAUGCAAGAACGACCCAUUUCUUAAAUGUUACCAGUCCCAGCCAAUCUACGGUGACAUUACAGUUAAAUUUCCCAAAUGAAAACAAGCAAACAGACACUCAAACUGGUCCUGUAAAUGUUGCUAGACUUUAUGUGUUGUACAACUAAACACUGCUGUUUGAACAGUAA